AAAUCCAACAUAAUAUUCAUUAUGACUGAACCAUGCAUGCAUAACUUUUUCUGUUAUUAUAUUCCAGAGGGUUUAUUGGUGGAAGGGGAUGCAAUUGAGGAAAAUAUUCUGGGAAUUGAAGAUGCUGCAGAUCCGUGUCUGAACGGUGGCAGAUAUAUAGAGAAUGUGGUUGAAUUCUCACAAGUGAAAAGCUUCGAGGAUUUCAACGUCGUUGUCAACAACUUAGACAUAGAUUCUAAGAUCUCCGAAGACACCAGGCUCAAGUACUAUGAGCUAUGCCGCAGUCGCAACGCCUAUCUUCAUGAGCUUGAAGAGCCCGGGUUGAACUACACUCUAAUCGCCGGGUCGAUAAUAGAAACCGUGAAAAUCGCGGAUGGGAUCAAAGGUGCCACGCUCGCAACGGGGCGUGAUGUUUUGGAAGAAUGGGACAGAAUUCUGAGAGGGAUGGGGUAUUUUGGCAUGGAAGUGGGGUUCUUGAGGGCCAGGAUAAGCGAGCUGAUUAGGCUUCGCGAGGCGGCUGAAACUGUUGCCAGAAAGGAGAAAGAUAAAGCCACAGCUGAGGAGAUCUUCAAAAAUGUUGCCAGUGCUGAUUGGUGAAAAGCAUUCUUCUAUAGUGCUGCUUUUGAGGGCUUUAAAUUGUUAAAACUGCUUGUAAACAUUUAUAGAGCUUUACUUCUAGCAAGAUGAAUUUUUGAAACAUUGGGUUUGAAAUAUUUUAUAUAAUGUGUUUGAAAUAAUUGUUCAUUGUGUUUU